AUGAUAAUACUUCUUUUAUUUAAUAAUGCACUAGAAUGGACACUAGAAAAAAUUCAGGAUGAAACACAGAUUAAAAUUGAUUUAUUAUUACCACUUUUGAAUACAUUAGUUGAAUCGAAGAUUUUAACAUCUACACAAUCUCUUGAUCCAGCAAAUCUUGAUAUGAAUUGUAUAAUAAAAUUAUCCAAUGACUUUAGAAGUGAUAAAUAUCGUAUAAAUUUAAACGCUAUAAUAAGAUCUGUGGAAGAAAGAGACGGAGAAACUUUUCAUAACAAAAUUGAUCAAGACCGAAUAAUGACUAUUCGAGCGACUAUCGUACGAAUAACAAAAUUACAUAAAACAAUAAAUGAAAAUCUUUUAGUAGAAAUAGUUCUUCAACAAUUAUUUUCAUAUUUCAAUCCUAACGUUUCUACAAUUAAAGUAACUAUUGUUGUUUGUUAG